AUGGUGGCAUUGUAUAGCUCCAAGAAGGGCAGAUGUCAACUUGCUGCGAUAGCCCUGCUUGCUGUGUCCGCAAAUGCACGCGCAGCAAUCGAGCCUAGAGAAACUCUUCUUGGUCAGCCGGUCGCCUUCAACACGUCGGACAGCAACGCGAGACCGUAUACGACAGCCGCCAGUGUGACCCAUCCCGCGCAAGGCACCUGGCCGGCAGCGACCGGUGCCUGGACAGGCAAUGGCGCGGCAGGUAUGCCUGCGACUGCAGCAGGUACAUGGCCAGGGGCUUCCGCAGGAGGUGCAGCGGGAGGUGCGGCAGGUACUUGGCCUGGCGCAGGAGGUGCAGCGGGCGGGAACGGGGCAUGGAAUGGUGCCGCUGGUGGUGCUGGUGGUGCUGGCGCGUGGGCCGGCGCCGCGUGGCCUGAAUGGGUGGCAACUAUUCCCCCCGCAAGGAUUGCUCAUUUCUCUCUCGGCGCCACGGCCUUCUUAUUCGUCUUCCCUUUCGGUGGUAUGAUCCAUCGCGUUUGGUAUCACUACCACAACGUCUGGGUCCACGCGGCAGUUCAGAUGCUGGGCUAUUUGCUAUUCUUGGGCGCUGCUGCCAUCGGCAUCUAUAUGGGUGCUGUAGAGAAAAAGCUUGUUGGUUUCCACCCGAUCAUGGGAAUGAUACUACUCGCCGGCUUCACGUUGCAACCAUUCACCGAGCUCAUCAACUACUUCCUCUACCGCCGAUGGCCGAAGAUCAAGUUCAUUGGGCACAUACACAUCUGGAAAGGUCGAACUCUCCUGCUUGUUGGACUGAUUCACGGCGGCCUCGGGUUCGCAUACUCGGCCAAGCUUGACAAGGAGCUGCCGAUGCGCAAAGGUCCUUGGCCGCGGGUCGUUCCUAUUUUAUAUGCAAUUAUGGCCUGUCUUGUCGUCAUUUUGUACACAACAGUGGUCAUCCGGAAGGUUUACAGACCCAGCAGCCCAGCUGAUAUGGAUCCAGAAGACAUGGUGGAGAAUGGCGUCGCCUUUAGUGUCGAGCAACGGACACAAUUCAGCCAGGUCAGAUCCAGCGUCAGGAAGCCCAGCGACAGCGCACCAGGAGAGAAGCCUGCGUCUGAACCGACUGCUCUCGGCACGGAAUCGGUGGAGCCAGAAAAGGAGGCAACGAAGAAGGAAGGGACGGUCUCGCCGGCGUCACCUCAUUCGACGCCUGCCGCUGCGACGUCGCCGUCCCGCAUGUCAAGUGUGAAGCGCAUCUUCCGCUCGGAUGCUCUGUAG